UAGAUAGUUGCCGUAGGAACUUUUAAAGGUCUCCUAGGCGAAAGUUGUGUUUUUCUGUGCACUUCACGUUUCGUGUCAAAAACUUAAGACUUAAACAUGCGUUACGUGGCUGCAGACCUGUUGGCUGUCCUCGGUGGACCAGAGAGCCCCGCCAAUGUCGAUCUAGAGAAGAUCCUCAGCUCGGUGGGCGUGAUUAAGGAGCUCAAGGGCAAGAGCAUUGACGAUCUGAUCAAGGAGGGUCGCGAGAUACUUUAUGGGGUCGGAUAUGUCUUCUAUACGUUACACAUUUCACGACAAAAAAAAAAGAGUUGAAACGUUUAUUUCUAU